AGGCGCCUUCAGUUUGGCUGCAGGACCAGAGGCAGCAGCAGCAGCCGGUGCGCCAACAUGCGGACUCAGAGCGGUGACCUGCGGGGCGCCGAGCUGUCUCACCGGGACCUGCUGACCGGAGAAGCUCGGGGCUGAGUGCGUCUCUUCUCCGGCAGGGAUCCGGGUCAUGGACUGUAAAGUUCCGCGGGGAAACUCCCUCCUGGUAUCUCCCCCCCCCCCCCUCUCUCUCUCUGAUCAGCCAGCAGCCGCCUGAAAGUUGCUGAGAAGUUUGUGAGCGUGUUGCGCCGCGGUUUCUGCCCCGGUGCGUCCGCUGCGCGCCUGGAUAUCUUCCUUCCAGACUCUCCGAGGGACCCCGGGGCGCGUUUCUGUUCCUUUGAGGAGGAUUAACCGAGUAUUGUGACUGUGUCUCACCUGGAGCUGCUCUGAGGAGAUGGAUAACUCCUGGUAUUUCUUGCCUGUGAUAAUGCUCGUUCUGUCUGCGGGCUUCAGGAUAGAGGAGGGCAUGUGCCAAUCCCAAUAUCAACUCCGUCCCAUUCCCAGUGACACUCUGCCCUUAGUGGAACUAAGGGAGGAACCGGAUCCUCUGCUGGACCCUAGGGAGAAGGAUCUGAACGAGACAGAGCUCCGGAGCACUCUGGGCAGCCACUUCGACCCGCACAUCAUGUCCGUCUCCCCGCCGGAGGACAAGUACGCGGGGAACGAGGACGUGAUCGAGGCGGACCUGCGGCAGAAGCUCUCCGGAGCGAUGCCCAAAGAGAUCCGGACCAUGGACUUCGAGGUCCAGCACGGAAAGAAGCAGAAGCCGGGUAAAAAACUCCGGAGAAGACUGCAAAUGUGGCUGUGGUCUUACAGCUUCUGCCCGGUGGUUUCCGCGUGGACCGACCUGGGCUGCAGGUUCUGGCCGCGCUACCUGAAGGUGGGGAGCUGCUACAAUAAGCGGUCUUGUUCGUACCCUGAAGGGAUGGCCUGCAAACCUGCCAAAUCGACUCAUUUUACGAUCCUGCGAUGGCGCUGCCUGCAGAAAAAAGGGGGUCUGAAAUGCUCCUGGAUCCCUGUUCUGUACCCGAUUAUAUCAGAGUGCAAGUGCUCCUGCCCGACCUCGAACUGAGUCUGUGUGGCUGCGAAACUGGACGAGUCUCUCCGAUCAAACUGUAAUGAUUAUUUUUAUACACAAGCAGCAGAACAUCCCGAUGUUUAAACUCAAGUCAUAAAAACUUGUUUUCUUGCAACAAAGUGAAGAAAAAAAUCACCUCUGAAUCUUUUCCCGGUUUGUUUUAAUCCCCUGCUCUGCAAAAACAUUCAGUAAAAACUGUCACUUAUGUUUAAAGAUAAUCAGAUUUUAAGGCUGAAUCUGAGAUGACUUGUUGUUCUGCACUGUCCAGGGGAAGAAUGUAUAUUUGAGUACAUGUUUUUAUUUUAUGACAGAACUUUGUAUAAACAGGAAGCUCAGUGUUUUUAAUAUAAUCACAUCUACUGUGCCUGUUAAAUGUAUCUGGACUGUAUCUGUUUAUAUUUAUAAAGAAGAACCCAAAUGUUCAAAUUGAAGAUGAAUUUAUGGACCUCAGCAUGGAAAUAUGAAGAGUUCAGAUAGAUCCAGUUCAGAAACUGAUCUGAGCACAGAUGAAGGUACCUUUUUAAAAACAGAAACCAGGAGGACAGACUGGAUGUUAUUACUCAGAAUCUUCAUCAACACGUCUCAUCUUCAGAUGCUGUAAAAUAAAAAGGGACAGCUGGUCUUUAAACUCAGA